AUGGGGCUCAAGUCCAGGGAUGGUGAUGGCUCGGGCGAAGGCAAGAAGCUGCGGGUGGGUUUCGCCCCCGAGCCCGAGCCCGGGGUGGUCGGACUCGGACUGAACUCCGGCGCAGACCGUGACGGUGCUCUGUUGCUGGAAGGACGGAGCAAAGAGGACAGCAAACCGGGACCGAAGGAAGGGCUGAGCCUCCUGACCAAGCCUCUGAGCUACAAUCAACCGAACAGAAGGAAAGCCACCUACAGAAAACUGCAGAACUUUAUUUAUGAUGCGCUGGAGAGACCCGGAGGAUGGGCACUGGUCUAUCACGCCUUCGUAUUUUUGUUAGUCCUUGGGUGCUUAAUCCUGGCCAUUUUGUCAACAUUUUCCGAAUUUGAGGCUCUCUCACAAAAAUGGCUCCUGACACUGGAAGCUGUUACCAUCAUUGUGUUUGGAUUAGAGUUUGCUCUAAGGGUCUGGGCAGCUGGCUGCUGUUGUCGAUUCAGAGGAUGGAGAGGUCGCCUGAAGUUUAUCAGAAAGCCCUUGUGUAUCCUAGACAUCAUCGUCUUGAUCGGCUCUGUGGUGAUUGUUGCUGUGGGGACACUGCAGAACAUAGUAGCAACAUCAUUGCGAAGCUUACGUUUUCUCCAAAUACUGCGCAUGUUGCGAAUGGACCGGAGAGGAGGCACAUGGAAACUUUUAGGAUCAGCUAUUUGUUCCCACAGCAAGGAACUCAUCACUGCCUGGUACAUUGGAUUUCUGUCACUCAUUCUGGCCUCGUUUUUGGUUUACCUGGUUGAAAAAGAUGAUAAUGAUGCCAGAAACAGUACACAGGACUUCAAUACCUAUGCAGAUGCACUGUGGUGGGGUUUGAUUACGUUGACUACAAUCGGUUAUGGUGACAAGACACCGAAGACUUGGGCAGGUCGUCUUUUAGCAGCAAUGUUUGCUCUUGUAGGAGUGUCGUUUUUUGCUUUGCCAGCUGGCAUUCUUGGCUCUGGGCUGGCUCUUAAAGUUCAGGAGCAGCAUCGUCAAAAGCAUUUCGAGAAAAGAAGAAAUCCUGCAGCAAGCUUGAUUCAGGCUGCGUGGAGAUUUUAUGCCACAAAUCUCAACAGGAAUGAUCUCAUUGCCACAUGGAGAUAUUACGAAAGUGUCAUCACAAUUCCUUUCUUCAGAAAAGAUCAAGGGGAUGAAGCUACCAGUCAGAAGCUGAGCCUUUUUGAACGUGUUCGUAGUGCUGGACCCAGAGGUGGCACUGUUAAAAGCAGGCUUUUUACACCUCAAACUACAGACGGAGUGGAGGAUAGUCCCUCAAAGGAUCAGAAGAGUUUAGGUUUCAGUGACCUUCGAGCUGCAGUUCGCAUUAAAGCCUUUGGCUUCAGACAGAGCUCAGAAGAUGCUGCUGCUGAGGUGGACCAAGAGCCUGAGGACAAGGGUUACCAAGCUGAACUCUUGGAAGAUUUGAUCCCUACAUUGAAAACCGUCAUUAGGGCUACAAGUAUCAUGACAUUUUUUCUCAACAAAAAAAAGUUCAAGGAGACUUUACGACCUUAUGAUGUGAAAGAUGUUAUUGAGCAGUACUCAGCAGGACAUUUAGACAUGCUUUCAAGAAUCAAGUACCUCCAGUCAAGAAUUGAUAUGAUUCUUGCACCUGCAGCCCCAUCAACUCCCAAGCAGAAAAAAUCAAACUCAAAAGGAGGCUUUGUAUACCCUUUACAACAAUCACCUAAAAUUGAUCCUGAUGUCGCCAAAGCUUCUGAUCCGGAGGCUGAAGACCAAAGCAUGAUGGGAAGAUUUGUCAAGGUUGAAAGACAGGUGGAAGGAAUGGAGAAAAAGAUUGACUUUCUUGUGGAUAUGCAUAUUCAACAUAUGAAUACCCAACAGUCCGCAUCAACUGGCUACUAUUCAAUAAGAGGGGCAGGGACAUCAGUUCAGCAAAGUCCAGUUGAGGAUAAGGUGGAAGACAAAUACUCAGAGAUUAAAAGAGUCAUCUCAAACUAUCCUGAUGCCUGCACAUAUAUGGCUCCUCAAAAUUGUUAUCAAGUCCAAGUUUCUUCUGUUGCUCCAUUUAGUUUCUUCAGACAGAGUCCAGGAAGUACAAAAUUUUCAACUUUAGCUGCUGACUUAUCAAGAUUUCCUCCACCUCCUGCUCCAUCUUACACUGAAAGACCAACAGUUUUGCCAAUAAGCUCGCUGACAGACAGUGAUGGUAACGUAUGUCCCAGCUAUCAAGGAGCAGAGCGAGCAAGUCCUUUUUCUGACAAAUUAUCACAGAGGCAUGGGAGAAGCACAAGAGACAGCGAUACUCCGAUUUCUCUCCUUUCAGUGAACCAUGAGGAACUAGAGUGUUCCCCCAGUGGAUUCAGCAUCUCCCAAUCAAAGGAUGACUUGACUUUUGGUAUUUAUGGUGGAGGUAGUUGGCCAAAAUCAAAACUUCAUUUAGCAGAGGGUGAGACUGACACAGAUACCGAUCCUUACACACCAUGUGGUUCUGCACCUCUGUCAUCAACAGGGGAGGGACUUCCUGACAACAUAUGGCCUACAACAAAUAAACCAACUUAG